CUGUACGCUGUCCUGUGUGGUCGCUCUCAUAGAGCCGCAGUGAGCCGGGCGGUGCGUGUUUCCUCCAGAGAAAGUGCGACAAGAGGGGAGAAGAAGGAGGGACAUGGGCGAAAGAUUUGUGGUAGUCCCGGUUGACGGGCAAGUUGGGGUCGCCGGGGUGGGGGAGCAAUCGGACGCGGUUGUAUCUGACCCGGCACCGGACCCCGGCGGCAGCAGCAGCAGCAGCGGCGGCGGCGGCGAUGGUGGUAGCACAGUGGAGGAGAAAGAGGCGGGGGAGGGCUCCGUGUUCGAGCCGCAGGACCUCAGCGUUGUGGUGCCUAUCCUAGAGUACAACCGAGAGCCCAACAAAUACGGUGAUGGCGUCCCAAAGGAAAACAGUCCCUUUAUCAACAACACGGAAAACGACAAAGGCAACAGCUAUGAUGGCACCAACAUGGCCCUUUUUGAGGAGGAGAUGGACAGCAACCCCAUGGUGUCAUCUCUCCUCAAUAAACUGGCAAACUACACCAACCUCACCCAGGGGGCCCAGGAGCACGAGGAGGCUGAAGAGGAUGAGGGGCCCAAGAAGAAAGCUGUUAAGAGCCCUCAGAUGGGGACCUUCAUGGGCGUCUACCUCCCCUGCCUCCAGAACAUUCUGGGGGUCAUCCUGUUUCUGCGACUUACCUGGAUUGUCGGCACUGCCGGCAUCUUGGAGUCCUUGGCUAUUGUCUGCCUGUGCUGCUCUUGUACUAUGCUGACAGCCAUAUCCAUGAGUGCAAUUGCUACUAAUGGUGUUGUGCCAGCUGGAGGCUCCUACUAUAUGAUCUCCAGGUCUCUGGGCCCAGAGUUUGGUGGAGCUGUAGGUCUCUGUUUCUACCUGGGCACAACCUUCGCUGGCUCAAUGUACAUUCUAGGUACUAUAGAGAUUCUGCUGACUUACAUCGUGCCUAAAGCGGCCAUCUUUGUGGCAGACAAAAAGGAGGAUGAGGCGGAUGCCCUGCUAAAUAACAUGCGUGUUUAUGGCACAUGCUGCCUAGCACUGAUGGCCGUGGUUGUCUUUGUGGGGGUGAAAUAUGUCAACAAGCUCGCCCUAGUAUUCCUGGCGUGUGUCAUUCUCUCCAUCCUCUCCAUCUAUGCUGGAGUCAUCAAGACCAUCUUUGAGCCACCGGACUUUCCUGUUUGCAUGUUAGGGAAUCGCACUCUGCAGAACCAAAACUUUGACAGCUGUCUUAAGACGGAGAUUAUAGAUAACUUGACGGUCACUACCAAGCUGUGGAAGCUCUUCUGUCACGGGCAAGAUUUCAACGCCACUUGCGACGAGUAUUUCACCAAAAACAAUGUGACCAGCGUGCAGGGAAUCCCUGGAAUGGCCAGCGGAGUUAUUUCAGAAAAUAUGUGGUCAGUGUAUGGCCCUCUGAGUAUGUUGGUAGAAGACCAGAAGUUGCCAUCCACUGGGGGAAGUGACCCUGCCAAGGACAUCUACCUGCCCUACGUAGUCAACGAUAUCACCACCUUCUUCACUCUGCUGGUCGGCAUCUACUUCCCAUCCGUCACAGGUAUCAUGGCUGGUUCAAACCGGUCAGGUGACUUGCGAGAUGCCCAGAAGUCCAUCCCCAUCGGGACCAUCCUGGCUAUCGCUACCACCUCCUUCAUCUAUGUCACCUGUGUGGUGCUAUUCGGUGCCUGCAUUGAGGGAGUUCUGCUACGAGACAAAUUUGGUGACUCGGUGAAAGGGAACCUCGUUAUAGGUACACUAUCCUGGCCCUCACCCUGGGUUAUCGUGAUUGGCUCGUUCUUCUCCUGCUGCGGGGCAGGGCUACAGAGUUUGACUGGCGCCCCACGUCUGCUGCAGGCCAUCGCACGAGACGGCAUCGUACCUUUCUUACAGGUGUUUGGUCAUGGGAAAGCUAAUGGAGAACCGACCUGGGCUCUGCUGCUGACUGCUGGGAUCUGUGAGAUCGGCAUUCUCAUCGCCUCCCUGGAUGCCGUGGCUCCUAUUCUCUCCAUGUUUUUCCUCAUGUGCUACCUGUUUGUCAACCUGGCCUGUGCAGUUCAGACCUUGCUGCGGACACCUAACUGGAGGCCACGCUUCAAAUACUACCACUGGGCUCUGUCCUUCCUGGGAAUGAGCUUGUGCCUUGCUCUCAUGUUCAUCUCUUCCUGGUACUAUGCUAUUGUAGCCAUGGUCAUCGCUGGCUGCAUCUACAAAUACAUCGAAUACAGAGGGGCAGAGAAGGAGUGGGGAGACGGCAUCCGUGGCCUGUCUCUCAACGCAGCACGCUACGCCCUCAUCCGCCUUGAGGAGGCUCCACCACACACUAAAAACUGGAGGCCUCAGUUGUUGGUGCUCCUAGACCUGGACUCAGAUCAAGUAGUCAAACACCCUCGACUGCUGUCCCUCACCACUCAGCUGAAGGCAGGGAAAGGCCUCACAAUAGUGGGAAAUGUUAUAGAGGGAACCUUUCUCACCAAAGACGCUGAGGCCAAGAGGGCUGAACAGAACAUCAAAUCUUCCAUGUCAGCAGAGAAAACAAAAGGUUUCUGCCAUGUUGUGGUGUCGUCAAACAUUAGAGAUGGCUUCUCCCACCUCAUCCAGUCUGCGGGGCUCGGAGGCAUGAAGCACAACACAGUCCUAAUGGCCUGGCCUGGGACCUGGAGGCAAUCCAAUGACCCACAGUCAUGGAAGAAUUUCAUAGAGAUGGUGCGGGAGACCACAGCGGCCCAUCAGGCCUUGCUUGUGGCUAAGAAUGUGGACAGUUUCCCAACCAACCUGGACCGCCUGGGGGAGGGGACCAUUGACGUGUGGUGGGUGGUUCAUGAUGGAGGCUUGCUGAUGCUGCUGCCCUUCCUUCUGCGACAGCACAAGGUGUGGAGGAAGUGUAAGAUGCGCAUCUUCACUGUGGCCCAGAUGGAUGACAACAGUAUCCAAAUGAAGAAAGAUCUCCAGAUGUUCCUUUAUCACCUGCGACUGGAUGCGGAAGUGGAAGUGGUGGAGAUGCAUGAUAAUGACAUUUCAGCCUUCACCUAUGAGAAGACCCUGGUGAUGGAGCAGAGGUCUCAGAUGCUGAAACAGAUGCAACUUUCCAGGACAGAGAGGGAGAGAGAGAUUCAGAGUAUCACUGAUGAAUCGCGUAGCUCAAUCCGGAGGAAGAACCAGGGUGCAGCCCAGAGCUUGACCCUCAGCCAGCAGUCCUCACCGAUGGAGGACACUCAGGAGGACGAGGCCCAGCUCAUCCAUGACAGAAACACAGCGUCUCACGCCGCGAUAAACGACAAGGCCGAAAGUGGGCCUGAACGGGUUCACAUGACCUGGACUAAGGACAAGCUGUUCACAGAGCGUAAUCGUAACCGCGAGUGCAACGCCAAUGUGGCUGUACGCGAUCUGUUUAACAUGAAACCAGAGUGGGAGAGCCUGAACCAGUCAAAUGUUCGUCGGAUGCACACAGCUGUCAAGCUGAACGAGGUGGUGGUCAACAAGUCGCAGGGAGCUCACCUGGUUCUGCUCAACAUGCCUGGACCACCUAAGAACAGAGGAGGAGACGAAAACUACAUGGAGUUUCUGGAGGUCCUUCUUGAGGGUCUGAACCGGGUCCUCCUGGUGCGAGGUGGUGGCCGAGAAGUCAUCACCAUCUACUCUUAAAGAAAAAAAACUUACGCCCCACCAUGCACACAUGGGCUGUUGCCGUGGAUACCAGUCACCGGGCAUUUUCUGGGGAAGAAGCCUAAUUUGGUUUUUAUGAAGGGGGCGGGGGUUGUUGGAAGGCGGGACCACUUGUGAUUGACAAAUGUCUGAAGGACCUCGUGAUGAAGGAAUCAAGUUAGCGUGGAAUCAUUUGACUGGCUGAGAGUACGAGCACAGUGUGUGUCCACGCUGGGCCACAGUACCCCUGCACAUGGAAGAUAGAGCAUAGAGACACUUUAUAUUGUUCAUUUAACUCUGGAAACGUUGUUAUGUUCUGUUACAUUUUCAUAAUCUUUCCCUCUCGUGUUGAUGUCGUCAAGUUGCUUGCACUCGCUAUGUAAAGAUAAGCAAAGAAGUGAAUGUGUGCUGUUGAUAUGAACCUCGUAGUCUUUCUUGUUGUCUGGUGUGCUCGACUCUGGGAGGCGCAGAGACGUUCACUGGACCUGAGAAAAACAGCACAGAGAGGACAAGUUACAGAACGGCUUUGAGCUCAGUGUAGAAAGGUCACUCAUAACAACACAUACUAAGUUUUCAGUUUGGUGAUUUGUACGGCCUGCAUCACCAUUCAUACGUUUCAUUUAAAAUAAACUACAUACAGGGCAAACUGUGUUUAGAAGCUGCUAAAACAUCCUGGUUAGGUAGUAGAGUUGUGUGUGGCCAGGAGGAUGUUGAACGCACACCAGAUGUUGGAACACCUUCCUUUAGGUGGGUGGGAGUAGUGGGGUACUGAUACUUGAUGAUAGGUCAACAUUUCCCACUGUCAAAGAACGCUGUUGUUUUAAUAGGGAAAAUAGCCAUAGUUCAUAUUCUAGGACCCUUUGUAAGCUUUAUAAAAGGACAUAUCUAAUGCACAUGUAUACAUAUUUAUGGUGUCUGAAGUAGUGCUCAGUUGGGAAUAACUAUAGAUUUUUUUAAUCCAAGGGCUGUUUGACAGUGUGCAGUAGGUUCAUGAAAUAUUAGAUUGGCACAUUAAAUCUUUAAUUUGCAUUUAACAAAGUAUUGUUUUAAAAACGUGAAUGCACAAAUUGAUACCUGAAUUAGUGUAAUUCUUCCCAUAUCGAUGAAGUUACAGCACUGUUGACUUUGCACUACCGAUCUUUCAGCACUUAAUUCACUGCGUACUGUCGCCCGGUUCUGUCGCCUACAGUGGCUCUUUCUACUAGUCAAUACGCCACUACAUCCUUCUGACAUACGAGGACUGAGAUACCGAUAAAUGAGCUCGCGAAAAAGGAUGCAGGAAGCAAAUAAUUCCAUACUAUUUAAUACUCAUGUUUCAAUGUUGUUUUUAUAAUAUUUUACCAAACGUAAGAUCUUUAGGCUUUGAGUCCCAGACUGAGUAGAUGACUUAUGAGGAUGUGUAGGAGAAAAAGUGCCAAAAUGACUACAAAAGAAACUGUGGAAGUAUUAUUAAUACAUUAGCAGAUACUGCUUUUUACAUCGACAAUCUUUAAACCCCAUAAAGCACAUUUUUUUUAUGAUACAGCUCCUGAUUCCUGCUAGAAUUCUUGUCAAACUCUGCAUAUGAAUAACUGAGCAAAUGCAGCUAAUUGUGCAAUUUCCAGGGCAUUUCAAAAACAUGCUGUAAAAUGUAUUGUGUCAGAAGAAAAGAAGGAAAUCUGAUUAAGCCCUUUCUCACGUGUACCUCCACAGUUUCUUUUUCUAAUUAGCUGUGCAGUAUUUUGUAAAGCAGAAAGUCGUGUUCUCCUGCAGUUCUUUGCAGGGGAAUGAGAACUUCUGAUUGUCAGUUGUGCAACAUCCGUGUUUUGUUGUGUUUUUUUGUUCAGUUGUCGAUGUAUGCCUGUGUAACUAUAUAGUAAUGGUCUACAUAGUGUUUGUUACAUUAUAAUUGAUCUUUCUGUUACUUUAAGUGUUUAUUUUCAGUGUGAUUUUUAUGGGAGGAGGCAGAAAGAGGUUGUAUGUGUGAAGACGGCAGCACUGUUUUUGUGCUUUGUUCCAACCCACCAGAAACACAGCAUGCACACAGGACCGAAAACCCCUCUGGAUACAGGGGCACCCCGGACUGAAAAUAUUAAGAAACUUGAAUGAAGCAACUGGGGUAAAAAAGAAUGGUUUAAUUAACUCAGUAACUAUAUCAAGGUCAUUUCAGUUCCCUUGUUCGGUUUUAUAUUUUAGCCACCAAAGAUAAAACAUAAUUCUGUGUAAAUAAACUUAAAAUUGUCUAGUUUUAAGUUUGAAAGUUGUAAAGAUAAAUUAUUAUAGACGUUUCUUUUUUUUUAAUUUGGUUACUGAGCUGAAUAGCAGUAGCUGUGCAGAAAGAAAACUAUAAAGUACAUGAAACCUUGAAGAGAAAAUGUUAAAUAAAAGAAGAAAAAGUUCCUGGAGGUAAAUAGGAUUGUCAGCAGUGUGUGUUUCACAGCUCUUAUGUUCGAGGUGACUGGAGAAUGUUAUCUACCUCAAGGUGUCACUGAGGCUCGGCUGAAGGAAUAAAAACAUGUCCAAUCACAGCUCUCUUCUCUCUCUUACAUACAGAUCUAUGAAAGGAAAAAAAAGCCUCUGCUAUGUGAGAGGACCAGCAGAAUGUGUGUGAGAGUGUGUGUCCCUGUGCAUAAUGUUUGUGUUUCUGCUGUUGUCCGGCUCAGUUGGCAGGCCUCACAGGCUGGAACAGGAAGUCACUUGUGGGCGCAUAUAUAGAGGAAGGUAGCCCUGUAAAUUGUAUUUGUGCCUCUCUGAGUAAUUAUUAAAAGUGCUGAAAUAAA